AUGGCUGCCGCUGGACCGUUCAGCGCGGUGCGGACACUGCUGAGACGUAUUGGGAGGCCGUCACCCUUCGCGCCCGCCUUCUUCCAGCCCUCAUGCGGCCCCGCUCUCUACCCGUUCGCCUUCGCAUCGCCCCGACCAGGACUCGCCACGUUCACGCCUUCGUACGGCUCGACACCGACAGCCAGGCCGUCUGCAACCUUUUACGGCCUGCGGCAGGCUUUCCACCAGCCGAAUGCGGCGCGGAGACCGGUUGGAACGCGGACUUUCACCUCUUCGGCUCUUGCGAGGGGUCCCAGGUCGUACUACGGCAGGUCGAGGGGCAGGCCAAGCUACGGCAGGAGCAACGACUGGCAAUGGGGCGAAGGGCCGCGACCGACAUGGCGAGACCGCAUCAACUCGAUCCCGCCCAUGUGGGUCGUCGGCGGUUUGAUCGCCCUCAACCUCGCUGUCUACGCCGCCUGGAAGUACGGAUUCGAGCUCGCACGACGGUUCCGCGACCCGUCGUGGCUGCGCUUCCUGCAGGACAACUUCACCGUCUCGUGGCACAAUUUCACGCAAGGUCGAGUGUGGACGCUCCUGACUUCGACGUUCUCGCAUGAAGCGACGGGGCACAUCCUCAUUAACAUGCUUUCGCUCUUCUUCUUCGCUCCCGGCGUCAUCACGCUUCUCGGCAACACGGGCUUCAUUUCCCUAUACGUCUUCGCCGGCGUCACCGCUUCAGCCGUCUCGCUCUUCUUCAACCGGUUCUUCAACAAGGAGGCGCCGAACUACUCGGCGCACGGCGCGUCAGGCGCAGCCUACGGCAUCGUCUCCUUCUUCGCCGCCCUCUUCCCGCGCGACAAGUUCCUCCUCUUCUUCGUCCUCCCCGUCCCGGCGUGGCUCGUCGUCUCGGGCGUUUUCGCCUACGACUUGUAUAGCAGUCUGUUCAGGCGUAACGGUAUGAGCGACUCGGCCGGACAUGUCGGCGGAAUCCUCGCCGGACUCGCCUUCUUCCUCCGCAAGGUCGGCCGCAUCUAG